AUGGCCGCCACCCCCGCCACCCACCGGGAGUCUUGGGAUUCACUUUCCUCCACUUUUGCGCACCUGGAAGUGUCUUUCUCGCAAGACAGUUGCUACGGUUCUGAUGAAGUGUCUGUCUCAUCCAAAAAUCUUGCUCCGCUGCAGACCAGUACCGAGACCUUUAUCGACAAACGCGAGACCAAUCUGCACCCACUCUUGAAGUCGAUCCUCAAGAACUCCACCUCCGACGUCACCUCCGACAUUCAAGAUGAUGUCAACGAUACUGAAUCUGAGUCCGGUUAUGGCUCAGACGAUAUUGAAUUUGAUUUCGAUGCUCUCUCAGAGGACGAUGAAGAUGAGGACGACGAUGGCGACAUGUCCGAUUUUUCUAUCUGGGAGGAGACAUCGCAGGAUGUCCCUGAGACGCGGGAAGACCGCACUGACACUUUCGAUGAUACAUUCAUCGAGUUUGGGCCCUCUGUUCGUUUUGCUCCCAAGAUCGAAUAUAUCAGCAGCCCUGGGCUCUCUGAGGACGAUGAGACCCCUGACGUUCAGAUAACAUGUCAUGAGAUGAUGAUGCUGGCACUUCAAUCUGGCUCUGCAAGCUCUUCGUUCCUCUCAGAGGACGACGUCAGUGACGACGAUGACAGCGAUCACUCUCAUCGAGAGUUCGUUCGCAAUUGUGCCAACUCUCCUGAGGACUUCACUCGCGAUGCGAUCGAUGUCGAUCGCCAGCUGUUUGUCGCCUACAUGAACGGUAUUCACGGAAUAGCCGACGCCAAAUACAAAACCUACAUUCGCACCCAGGCAGACAACAUUAGACUGGGCCACGAAUGUGAGUUCAUGCAUCCGGACGAUGCACCUUGCAUGUAUCUGGAUUUGAUCCAAAGCCAUGUCAUCGGAGUUUUCCGCAACCUCCUCUCCGUGGAUGAAUUGGACGACUUAGUCGUUCUUCGCCAGAAAGACGCCGCCGAGCAAGCAGACUCCAACUCCCCCGAGUGGGCUCAGAAUCAUCAUCAAGUCCUUCUGGGCAAGGUCGAGCACUUCCUCCUGGACCGUCUGGCCAACGGCCGGGUCGAUGUAUGCCCGGAUGAGAUGAGCUUCUUUGCCGGCGGCAUUGUCCAUGCCCUCGGUACUCAGGAUCUUCCUGCAUCCAAUUAG